GUGGCGGCACCGGCACGCGCAGCAGCAGCGCGCGCCCGCUACGUCACGCCACUGCAGCCGUAAGCACGCUGCGUCUGCGUUUCAGCGAUCUGCGUCAGUCUCUGCCUUGCGCCCUGCGCUGAAAGGGUCUAAUGCUGUGUGGAGUGGAUGCCGCUCGAUCCGUGAGUUUCUCUUUCCGCCUUGGCGACCCCCCCGGGAGCACCCUGACUGACUUCGCCCAGUGUGCGGGCCUGCCGGACCAGCAGAGAAGUGGUGACCAUGGAUUGCAGCGACGUCAAUUUAGAGGCAUCGGCAUCGCUGGCUGCGGAGUGCUGCAGUUGCGGCCUGCAGUGGGACCAAGACCGUCGUCCCGCUGGCCGUUUAACUGCGGCCACUCGCCGUGCCACCCCUGCGGGACGCGUGCUCAUCGGGCCCAGAGAGGCGCUGCCCCGCGUGCUCCAAGAAGUCAAAGCAAGUGGUCGAACAGGAGGAACAUGAUACAAGCAUCUGGUGCUUGGACUGCGAGGCGCCGACCACCGACGUGUGCCUGAGAGAGCACUCGUACGGCAACGCGCAGCGCUUGGCCCGCGACGCAGCCCAGAGCGUGGCCGCCUCGCACGACGGUGUGGCCGCGGAGCUGCAGAACGCCCAGGAGGCCCUGCAGACCCUCAGAGUAACAGCCCGCUGGAGUCGCUGCCCGCCGAGCUGCUCCACGCGGUGCUGGCGUACGUGCCGACCGAGCAGCUGCUGUCGCUGCGCCUGCUGAACCGCCGCUGGAGCAAGCUUAUGCUGGAGGCGCCGUUGUGGCGCCGCCGCCGCUUUACUUGUGGAGACACUGGCUUUGCGAAUCACCGCCCUACCCGGGCAUCUUGCGCCUGGCCCCCGCCUUGGACACUGUGGAGUUACAGAUGAUACGCUGCGAGAGAAGUGAUAUGGGGCUCGCUUGCCUCAAAGCUCUCGCUGAGGGGAACUGUCAGGUUCGCUGCCUGGACCUGGAUUUUCUUGCUAGCACUGCGUCGAACAGGCUUUUGCAACGCGUUCUGCAAAACCGAGGCAUACAAGAGCUUCGCAUCACCUUGGGCGGGUUCCUGAAGAGCAGCAACCUGGUGCCAGCGUUGGAGGCCAUUGACAACUUAGAGAGAAUAGACACGCUAGGAGUUCGAAUUCGUGGCGGCAAGUGUCUGGAUUUUGUCUUCGAGAAAAUCUGUAUGACGAAACUGAAAAUUCCGGACCAUUAUGAUGUCGUCAUGGUUCGAGACCUUCUCGACCUUGGGAGAAACACUCUACGCGAGGUCCACUUUCCGGAACACGACAGAAGGUUUGCUCGUUUUAAGGAGGAGUUGGAGCACUGCCGAGAAAUCACCCAUCUCACACUGUACUCGUGUGACGGCCUUGCAGAUGUAGUCCCACUGCUGCCGAACUUAAAAUCGAUUACAAUAAAAGAUAUCAAUGCCUCACUGACAAAUUGGCUCAAGUGGGCCCAAAAACAGUACUCAGGGAAGAUCCACAUCGACGUAAAGAUCUACGGCGAACGCUCUUUGCAAGAGCUUGUGGACUUGGCAGACAACCUACGCAAGUUCAGAGUAUCAGGCUACGGAGGCUUCGUGCGUAUUACAGCCCGAGCGCCGUCUCACCAGCUCUUCUAGUGCAGUUCCUCAACUUGCUGCCGGCAGUGGAGAACCUCGUGCUGAACGUGGAGACGGACUUCGAAGCGGUGCUUCUCUCCUGGACAGCUUCAACGGUACCAAGACUUCAAACGCUCUCAAUCUAUGUAAAGAACUUGAAAGAAACCUGGUCCUCUCUGACAGAGAAAUUUAGAACCCUGCGUCCCAGUCUUACGUUAAAGUUCCUUUAGGAACGACCAUGCUCUCUGUUCCGUUUGCCCCUGGUACAUUUUUUCUGUACAGCAUGUUAUCCUGACCUAGUUAUUCGUAAUUAAACGUAUUCGCGACCGCUGUUGGUAGUGUUCGUUAAACGUUCGGUGAGCCGUCAUAUCCCUGUUCGCUUCAGUUAUUUGCUUGGUCUUUAUCUUAGCAUGUUCUGUCGUGCUAUGCUUCGCAGUGCAACAAUCUACGCGGGCAUCUGUUUUAUACAUUAUACGACAAAAUAAAUCAGACAUUUCUUAAUACAACUUUGGCAUAUGAUUCCCAUUUUUUCUUGUUGUCCGAACACGACCAUAGUCACAAAAGUAGGAAACAAAAUAGAUUUUAGUCCCAAGAUUUUGGCCCCAAGCGUUGCUAAGUUGACGCGUUUCUUGGGGCUUUUUCUUUGAAGGCGAGCAAAGGGGUUCUCAAGUCACUUUUGUUAACGUAAGGAGAAGCUGAAGUCUUGCGCAGCGUCUGCCUUCCUCAGUUAAAAACAGAUUGGACACCCACAAACUUACUAUUUAAGUUAAAAACAAAGUUUCUAUCAUGACGCUUUGAAACAAAAUCUGAGGGGAAAAUUGAAGACACUAUUUUUAUUACUUUAAUUUGUCUAAGUACGUGGUUCCAUAAUUUUUUCCAGACUUUGUGCUUUGCGCUGAUAGCAGAGUGACUUACACUCGGAUGCAACUUACCUCACGGAAUAUAUUGAACUUAACACCUUGUCAAAUUUCUUUCGUAUUUUGGAGAAAAUCUCCACCAUAAUGUGUUGGUGCAGCCCUCACUGUUAGAAAAACUGCUGUUGGUUUACGACAAAUUUGUCGUGAAGUUUCAUAGCAGAAGUUGCUGUCAAGUGAGAAAGAUGUCGUAAGAUAAAAUGUCGUAGUCUGAUGAAAGUGCUGUUCAACGAUAAAAUUUUCAUAGACAUUGGCUGAACUCAUAUCCUCUUCACAGUCAUUGGAUCCAAAUCAUCAAUCAACGACAUUGUCGAUACAUGAUGACAAUGUCGUUCAAAGAUUGUUUGACUCAUAGGAUUACGAUAAAAUAAUCUCAUUUGCCACAUUGUCCAAUAUUCUGGCAAAAUGUCUCAAAACUCAGCUUAUAAAUCAAUUAAAUGCACAGCAGGGAUGGAAGAAGAUGCACAAAGCUGAUGGUCUCCAACACUUGUCAAUAAAUGUCAUUAGGAGUGGCUCGUGGUGAUAGCAAAUAGCCAAAGUGAGGUAACCACAUUAAAAAUCUGUUUUAUGUCUCCCAAGUUAACCUUUGCGGCAGACUUAUGAGCAAAUACACAGCAGUUCAUCAUGAAAGGUUAUCAAAAUAGCGUCAAGUUUUCAUGCUAAUUAAGAUGUGCCUUUCCCAGACUUUUUGCCGGAAUAUUUGACAAUAUGGCAAAUGUGAUUAUUUCAUCGUAAUCCAACGAGUCAAACAAUCUUUGAACGACUUUAGUCGCUUUGAGAUGAAAUUGUUGUUUGAUAACGAUACUUUUAUUGUUUUGAUUUUGAACAUAUUCUUUUGUAACCAUACAAUUUUGUAUUCUUAAAACAAGUUUUUUUUUAAUAUGAUGGUUGUUU